GUGGAGCUGUGAUCUGGGAAGAAAACAACAACAGCAAAGGGAAGCAGCGAGUGUGCCGUGCUGGAGGUCACACCUGCCAAGACAGCAUCCUGUCCUGCCUUCUCCAGCGUGUCCAUCCAUCCGUCUGUCUGGCUGCCGAGCGCGGUGAUCACAUGCAUCCCGCCUGCCCCCUCCCUCCCUCCCAGCCCUGUCCCGCUGCGCUGCACGGCUCCUGCAAACUCGCCCCAAGCAGAGGAACUUUCUGCAGACGGGCUUCUUCAUCCCCCUCUGCUUCCCCUCCUGCCAAAUAAAGUCUGGGAGCUUUGCUUUAACACUAAAAACUGAUGAUUGCCCUUAGGAAGAGAAGCUCAUGCCCCUCUCAGCUGUUCCCCACUCUCUGUGCCCUCGGGCUGGCCGUGCUGGGGGGUCUGUCCUGGGCUGUCCCCAUGGACGAACAGGAUUAUUAUCUGCAAGAGAUUAGCAACAGGGAUCACUAUUACUCCUUUCCAUACCCCGGUGAAGAGUAUUUUUCUUUCACGGAGCAACCCGGAGAGGAAGGAACUAUCCGUGCUUCAGAGCCAGAGGAACACCCAGGGUUCAAACCGAGCAGGAAAGAGUUAAAACCGAAGAAAAGCAGCAAAAAAGGAAAAGCCAUUCUUGAACCUCCACCAGAUUGUCCUCCACUUGGUCUAGAGACACUAAAAAUUACUGACUUCCAGCUCCAUGCCUCUACAGCAAAGCGAUACGGCCUCGGGGCCCACAGAGGAAGGCUUAAUAUUCAGGCAGGUGUUAACGAAAAUGAUUUUUAUGAUGGUGCUUGGUGUGCAGGAAGAAAUGAUCCAUUUCAGUGGAUUGAAGUAGAUGCUCGAAGGCUAACAAAAUUCACUGGAGUCAUCACACAAGGAAGAAAUUCUCUCUGGUCGAGUAACUGGGUGACCUCCUUCAGAGUACUGGUGAGCAAUGACAGCCAUGCAUGGACUGCUGUCAGAAAUGAAUCUGGAGAUGUGAUCUUUGAAGGAAACAGUGAGAAGGAGAUCCCUGUUCUCAAUAUGCUGCCUGUGCCACUGGUUGCACGCUACAUCCGCAUAAACCCUCGGUCCUGGUAUGAAGAAGGCAGCAUCUGUAUGAGGCUGGAAAUCCUAGGGUGUCCUUUACCAGACCCAAAUAAUUAUUACCACAGGAGAAAUGAGAUGACAACUACCGAUAAUCUCGACUUUAAGCAUCAUAACUACAAGGAGAUGAGGCAGUUGAUGAAAACUGUGAAUAAAAUGUGCCCAAACAUCACAAGAAUUUACAAUAUUGGAAAAAGCCACCAAGGACUAAAACUGUACGCUGUUGAGAUUUCUGACAACCCAGGAGAACAUGAAGUUGGUGAACCGGAAUUUCGGUACAUUGCAGGAGCUCAUGGGAAUGAAGUGCUUGGACGUGAGCUGAUCCUUUUGUUAAUGCAGUUCAUGUGUCAGGAAUACCUUGCUGGGAACCCACGUAUUGUGCAUCUCAUCGAGGAUACCAGAAUCCACCUUCUUCCCUCAGUCAACCCAGAUGGAUAUGACAAGGCAUACAAGGCGGGCUCAGAAUUAGGGGGCUGGUCUUUAGGUCGAUGGACUCAGGAUGGCAUUGACAUCAACAAUAAUUUCCCCGAUUUAAACUCUUUGCUCUGGGAGUCUGAAGAUCAGAAGAAGAGCAAAAGGAAAGUUCCAAAUCAUCACAUCCCAAUUCCUGACUGGUACCUAUCUGAAAAUGCCACCGUGGCAGUGGAGACGCGAGCAAUCAUUGCAUGGAUGGAAAAAAUUCCUUUUGUGCUGGGGGGCAAUCUGCAGGGAGGAGAGCUGGUGGUGGCGUACCCCUACGACAUGGUGAGGUCCCUGUGGAAAACACAGGACUACACACCCACACCAGAUGACCACGUCUUUCGCUGGCUCGCCUACUCCUACGCCUCCACGCACCGGCUGAUGACAGACGCGAGGAGGAGAGCGUGUCACACAGAGGACUUCCAGAAGGAGGACGGCACAGUUAAUGGCGCCUCGUGGCACACCGUGGCUGGAAGCAUAAACGACUUCAGCUAUCUGCACACCAACUGCUUUGAGCUGUCCAUCUACGUGGGCUGUGACAAGUAUCCCCACGAGAGCGAGUUGCCUGAGGAGUGGGAGAACAACCGGGAGUCCCUCAUCGUUUUCAUGGAGCAGGUCCAUCGGGGCAUCAAGGGCAUAGUGAAAGACAUACAUGGAAGGGGAAUCCCAAAUGCCAUUAUUUCAGUAGAAGGUGUUAACCAUGACAUUCGCACAGGAGCUGAUGGGGACUACUGGCGCCUUCUCAACCCAGGGGAAUACAUGGUCAGCGUGAAAGCAGAAGGCUACACCACCGCCACCAAGAACUGCGAGGUGGGCUACGACAUGGGAGCCACCCGCUGCGACUUCACCAUCUCCAAAACCAACCUGGCAAGGAUCAAGGAAAUCAUGAGGAAAUUUGGGAAGCAGCCCAUCAGCCUGUCCCUGCGGCGGCUCCGGCAGCGGGCUCGGCAGUGGAGGCAGCGCAGAUAGAGCCCAGUUCUGGCAACGUCAGCCCAGCCGUAGCACUAGUGAGAGCUGCAUAGCCCAACCCUUCCUACGCAUUUCCCUGUCUGAGGCCUUUCUGUUAGUGGAGCUGGAUGUGGGUUUGUCAGUGUGGCAAAAAACUGGAGGCAAAGAUUGGUUCAAGCUGAAGUGAAAUAAGCCCUGGUGUGUGUGGGGGGGGAGGGAGGUGGGAAGAAUGAAAAGAUGUUUUGAGUUAAAAUGAAAUGUUUUU